AUGUCUGCCAAAGCCCUGAAGCUUGGCCUGUUCAGCCAGAGCAGUUUCCCAGCGCCAGUUUCACCGGAGCUGCUCGCAUGCUCCCCCACGCUUAACCUCGCGGCAACCAUCAGUGGUUCCAACACCCUGGCAAUCAGGCGUGCCCAAGGCGAGCUGGUUUCUAGCAACACUGACCGCGUCCACACAAUCCAGGCAUUGUGCUGGAGGCCAGAUGGUCAAUUUCUGGCCGUGGCAUGGGACGACGGCACUGUCCGCCUCCUGGGAGUGGAAAACACAAAGGUUGUCCACCGCAUCAGCGUCUCUCAGGAUGCAGCAGACCUUGACGCAGAUCCAGAGCCUAUCACACAUGUUGCCUGGGCCCGCAACCUGACAGGAAAGCGCCACUUUGGUGGUGACAAUGACAUCGCCUCGAGGCUACAAGGUCUCGGGCUAUCCUCAGCAGAUGAGCUACGCCAUGGAGACUUGGCACGAGGGAAGGCCGACGACCUCGCAGACUUGCCGCACGCGCUCACAUUCCUCGAAAUCGAUACUUCCUUGCCCAAGAUCAGCCCCUUGCCGGUCUCUGGGGGCAUCGGAGACGACAUGUUUAUAUUCUCAACAACUGCAUCCCUGGAGUCCAUGUUCCCGCCGCUGAGGCCCGAAGACAAUGACGUGGUCGAUGUCAUGGCUGUUGGGACGAGAGACGGCUGUGUGCACCUGAGUAUCUACGACUCCUUCCCCAUUGGGAGUUUCAAAAUUCCUAUCAAACAGGGCCCAAGCCCAAACUCAAGUCAAAUCGAUGGUGGUUAUCAACUUGGCCUGCACGCCGCUCAUCCCGAGGUAUCAACUCACUCUCUAUUACUACGGAAAAGUGGCGAGGAGAGCGUGAAGCAUCUGUAUUUAAUCCCCAUGGAUCUGAGGUUUGUAUCGUACUCGCCAGUGAAUCUGUCACUCCUGGCGUCUAAAACGACCACAUUGCAGAAGCUACUGCGAUACCUGAAGCAAACGCAAACACACAUCGUCAACGAGUGGACGUCAACGCGAGAACUGCCCUCCCGCUUCCUAUCAUACAUCCAAGAAGACCUCCAAAAGAUGGGGUCUGGUCCUGCGAAUAUCGUCCAGGCCCUCUAUCACACCGUGCUGACGGGUCAUGUCCAUCGCCCCGUCAGAGAGUGGCUGGUCGAUAGCAUCGCGGAACGAGGACACAAGCGUUGGGAGAAAGCAGUCAUUCCCGGGUUAGAGAAUCUGCGUAACCUCAUACAUGAGAAUAUGCUCCCAGCCAUAGAGCGUUGCACACUCAUCCUAAGCCGGCUCUCUGGCAUCGCCAGGUUCCACGAGGAAGAAGAUCACGUCGGCUUCACAAAUACCGAAAUAACACGACUUGUCGACAUAUUAUCUGCCCUCAAUCUCAUCUGCCACAGAGUCCUACUCAUCGUGAUGGAGGAGCUAGAGCUAUUCCGCAUUUUCUCGUCCUGGCUUCGCCUGACCAUAGAUCGCGUCUCGUCCAGCACGGUGCCCGAGGAAUUCGUGGAGAAAGAGGCUCUCCUCGACCCGGCCAAGAUACUUCGGUACAUCGAAAGAUUCCUGGUCAGCAGUCCAAUGGCCGUUCACUUUGCCAAGGUGCCGCGAGAGGCCUGGGAUGAGGACUGGGAGCGCAUGCAGGACAGCUCCGGGGUGCUAAAUGAGUUGGACAACCAGCUCAAGCGUCAAGAGGCAGGGAGCUCGUAUAUGAAAGGUCUGACACAAAUGGCUUUUGUUGUUGACUUCCUUACGGCGAAGGCGGGCGAUGUCUUCAAGAAUAUCGCGGAGGCGGAGAAGCGCAGUGUUCGUUUUGGACAGGCUCAAAAAUUGGAGUUGGUUCGUGAGAGUUCAGGCCUGGAGACGUUCACUUCUGUGGAUGCAAAAAUGUGCUCCGUCCCCAAACCUAAUGGUGUGGACGGCAUCACGUACACUGCUGUGGUAACUGAGGAGAACCCUUUCGAGAUCGCCAUCUUCGAAACCAAGAUCGAGGUGAUCAACGGCAUCAGCAGCGCUCCUUCUACCGCACUGUACUACAGCCAUUGCUUAGACCCAGGCAGCGACGGCCGGAUAAUCGACAUUAAAUUCCUGGAUGAAGAAGUCCUUCUGGCGUUGUGUCACUCCAAAGACCAGAAGCCGAGUUUGCUUCGCAUACUCUUUAGGCCGGUGGACACUCGCUAUCAAGCCAACGAGUCCGGAAUCGCAACAUUGACACAGGGGUCGCUGACCUUGUCGGUACGGGUGAUGGAGCUUCCCGAGGACGUGGCCUCAUUUGUGCCAGUUCGCAUGGAAGUCAUGGAAGCGAAUGACUCUAGGGGAGGCGUUCCCGCCAGGGUCUGUCUGCUGGGCAAGGACGGGGUCAGUUACAAGGUGUAUUCCCUACCGGAUCAAGAGCAUUUGCUGCAGGCUUAG